AUCGCACACCACAACCGCCGCAGCACCAGCGAUCUCUCCGCCGACCAGACGAUCUACGAGCGAGGAGGAAGAUGAGUUCCGGCGGCGGAAGGGGCAAGGCGAAGGGCACCAAGGCGGUGUCGCGGUCGUCCAAGGCCGGGCUGCAGUUCCCCGUCGGGCGUAUCGCCAGGUACCUCAAGACCGGCAAGUACGCCGAGCGCGUCGGCGCCGGCGCGCCCGUCUACCUCUCCGCCGUCCUCGAGUACCUCGCCGCAGAGGUGCUGGAGCUGGCCGGGAACGCGGCGCGCGACAACAAGAAGAACCGGAUCGUGCCGCGCCACAUCCAGCUCGCGGUGCGCAACGACGAGGAGCUCAGCCGCCUGCUGGGCGCCGUCACCAUCGCUGCCGGAGGGGUGCUGCCCAACAUUCACCAGACGCUGUUGCCCAAGAAGGCUGGCGGCAAGGACAAGGCUGAGAUCGGUUCCGCCUCCCAGGAGUUCUAGGUGGCCGUUGCCUCCGCUGCUGGCGGCGGCUUGUCCGAUAUGAACCGCGGGGCCACUCCUUGAAGCUUCUUCGAUUAGUACUACUAGUGUCUUGUUUAGGUUAGGUUAGGUUUUCUGAUGGAUGGUGGAAAGUGGAGUUUGCGGUCAAUGAAGGUUUCAUGUAUCUAUCAAUCAGUCUUGAUGGAAUGGAUGAAAUGAUCGGUUGCUUAUCUUGUUGAGUUGUUACUGAUUGUGGUCCGUGAUUGUUCUGUUUGACAAA